AUGGCAAAUGAUGCGCGCAAAGAGAAAGCACGUGCCCAAGUCAAAGAAAAUGGAUUUUCAGACAGUUUCAUGAGACAAGACCUUGACUUGAAUGAGAAUUCAGAAAGUCCUUCUGCAUUUGUUCCUAAUAUGCCUCCUCCUCCUCGAAGGUUCAUUGCUGGACAGUACCAAAACCCAUAUGGAAGGAAGAAACCAGUGCCACCACCACAACCGAAAGAGAACGCGAAAAAUCACAAUGAUGUCGCCCUUGCUCAAAGAGUGCUCGAGCUUGCACAUGAACACGGGUUUGAUGGAAUGAGUACCGAAAAGCAGAAUCUUGUGAAGAACACCAAGCGAGGAAAGAACACCAAAGAGACAGAAACAAGGAAAGUGUCGAAUGAAAAUCGAUUCUUCCAGAUACUCAAGGACCAUGGAGGAAAACCAUUCGAACCCCUACUCCAGAAAGUCCCAGUUCGGUACAAUGGAUACAGCAAGGAUGCAAAGGCAUUGGACUAUGCCUUCUUCAAUGUUCUUGGCUUUUCCCGCGACAAACAGACACAUGCCAUUCUCAACAAAGCUUGCAUUGUGAUCGGUCUCAACCUCAACAAGAAAAUCGGCAAAGACGGAACCAAAGGUGAUCCCUUUCAACCAAAUUCCACGGAACAGUUCUUUCGGGGAGCGUUCGCAGUGCUGAAACGCAAAGGUAUUCAGUUCGACUUUGACAAAGACUUCAAUAGUCCGGGAGAAUUCCAUGGAGUAAUGAAAGAACACUGGGCAUCCAUCCGCAAAGUCGACAAGACAUAUGCCACCAACAAAGAAAGGAAGAGAAUCAAAGAGAAUGUUCUCAAACUUGCUUGUAAAGCCGUCCGAGAAGGCUUGAUCAAAAUCACCAACCGACAUGAUGUCUUCCUGAGUGUACACUUCAACAAUGGACUGUUCUUGUGUUUUCGAGGGAAAGGUGACCACGUGAAUACUCGUAAAGACUAUCUUCGAAGUGGAGUGUAUGACGAUGAUUUUGAUGAUGACUUGGAUGGCAAGAUUGGUGGUACCGAAUGGAGAGGAUUCUUUGUGCCCUUUUCGAAGACAGAGCAAGUUGAAUUCGGCAACACUAGUCUUCCUCCCGAAUCCGAAAGGAUCAAGACCAUGAUAAAUCGUCCCGACCUUGAUUACAACCCGGUUGAUUGGCAUGACACAUUCGUCGAGCACAUGCAUCCCGAUGCAGUUGGAUUUUACGCAUAUCCGUACACCAAAAAAGAGUCAAAGAUCGAAAAUGCAAGACUCAAACAGCGGGAUAUCGAUUGGAACAAAAGUCAUCCAGAGUGCCCACGAUCAGUCAAAGACUAUGAUGUCUGGUUCAAACCGAGCGAUCCGGACAUUGCCAAGAAGGAUGGAAACGUCAGCCAUAACAAACAUUGUCUUUUUGUCAAGCAAUUCUGUGCCAAGAUUGGAGUACAGGAUGCCAAAAAAGUGGCAUCAGGUCAUGCGCUGAGAGCAAAGGCAUGCACCAUCAUGAAAGGUCUUGGCGUGGAUCCGCAUGCCGUGGCUCGACAAAUGGGUCAUAAGAGCAUUGACACACAAAAGCACUAUACAGAGAGUACUCUUGCUCUGAAGGCUCAGGCAAUGAAUGCAAUCGGUUCCGUAGGUGUUUCUCGUGCAAAGAGGAAGUCGACCGGGUUGCCAGUGGAAGAUCUUACUCAAGACACUCCUCCAUCCAAGAAGCCUGCACGGGGAAGCACAUUGAAUACAGCGGAGAGAAAGGAGUUAGAGGCAUAUCGUCGUGAACAGGACCCGGAACGAAAAGAACUCGAACGUCUUCGACGUCAAAGUUUGGAAUUAAAAGGAAAGGAAAACAAUCCACCGGUACCACCAAUCCCACAAGUGUUUCCCCCCGUCCCCUAUCCGUAUCCCUACCCAUAUCAACCACCGUAUGGAUACCCACACUAUUCCAUGCCCCCACCCCCACCACCACAAUACAAUAUGUAUCCUCCUCCGGUGGGAAUGACACCAUCGUCAAACAAACCGGAAUCAAACAAUAACAAUCAACUUACCGGUGGACAUCAUGGUGGUCAUGUUUAUGGAUGGAAUGGACACUUUUCCGGCAACUAUGGUGGUGGUGGUGGUGGUAAUGUUUGA